CAAAACACUUGGGAGGAAAAGAACCAAAGAUCGAAGAUCCAAGAUUUCACUUUUGUCGUAUUUUUGAUCACUAUUUAGUAUCCUUUCUACUCGGACUCCCUCUACCACAAGGAGAGUUAAAGGGAGAGACAGCCCAGCUUGAUCUUCAAGAUCAAGAGAGAGAUAAGGUUCGCGAGUGAAUUUUCUUACUUCUUUCUUCCCCUAAAAUCUUUGUAGGUGGGCUCUGUUUCAAUAUUCUUGAUUGAGGACUACGCCUCCAUAAAGCGAAAAGCAGCGGCGCUUGAAGAUCGUCCAAGAACAGUGUGUUUUCCUGAUUUCUUUUAUGCCAUUGGGUUGUAAUGGCAAACAAACCAGUGUCAGGGGACAAUCGGACUAGGAGUUCUGUGUCGAUAUUUAUUAUAGCUGGUCUUUGUUGUUUCUUCUAUUUACUGGGAGCAUGGCAAAGGAGUGGGUUCGGGAAGGGAGACAGCAUAGCUUUGGAGGUGACUAAGACCACGGAUGACUGCAAUGUCAUGCCAAAUCUCAAUUUCGAGAGCCAUCAUGGUGGUCCGCCCGGUGGUGUUGAUGAACCGGACUCAAAAGUGAAAGAAAUCGAGCCUUGUGAUGCUCGCUACACCGAUUACACCCCGUGCCAAGAUCAAAGCCGUGCCAUGACUUUCCCGAGAGAAAAUAUGAACUACCGAGAAAGGCAUUGCCCUCCUCAGGAAGAGAAGCUGCAUUGCCUUAUUCCAGCACCUAAAGGAUAUGUUACCCCGUUUUCGUGGCCAAAGAGUCGUGACUAUGUUCCUUAUGCUAAUGCGCCGUACAAGAGCUUGACGGUGGAGAAGGCCAUUCAAAACUGGAUUCAGUACGAGGGGGAUGUGUUUAGGUUCCCGGGAGGAGGGACUCAGUUUCCUCAAGGAGCAGAUAAAUAUAUCGAUCAGCUCGCUUCAGUGAUCCCGAUUGAUAAUGGGGUUGUCCGGACUGCAUUAGACACUGGUUGUGGGGUUGCAAGUUGGGGCGCUUAUCUCUGGAAGAAGAAUGUUAUAGCUAUGUCAUUUGCCCCGAGAGACUCACAUGAAGCUCAGGUUCAGUUUGCCCUUGAAAGGGGUGUCCCUGCUGUUAUUGGUGUCCUCGGGACCAUCAAGAUGCCAUAUCCUGCCCGAGCAUUUGAUAUGGCUCAUUGUUCUCGUUGUCUAAUCCCCUGGGGAGCUGCUGAUGGAAUCCUCAUGAUGGAAGUUGAUCGAGUUCUUAGACCUGGUGGUUACUGGGUUCUUUCUGGUCCUCCUAUCAAUUGGAAAAAUAACUACAAAGCUUGGGAACGUCCUGAAGAGGAACUUCGCGAAGAACAAAGGAAAAUUGAAGAGGUUGCUAAACUUCUCUGCUGGGAGAAGAAGUCUGAGAACGGUGAAAUUGCAAUUUGGCAGAAGAGGAUGGAUGCUGACUCAUGCCGUGCGGCACAAGAGAAUUCUAGAGCUAAAUUCUGUGAAUCUGCAGACCCUGAUGAUGUUUGGUAUAAGAAGAUGGAGACAUGCAUAACUCAAUCACCCAAACCACCUAACGUUGAUGAGACUCUCAAGCCAUUCCCAGAGAGACUGAAUAGUGUUCCCCCGAGAAUUGCCAGUGGGUUAGUCUCAGGAAUCUCGGCUGAGCAAUAUCAAGAAGACAACAGAAAGUGGAAGAAACAUGUCAGUGCUUACAAAAAAAUCAAUAAACUCCUUGACUCGGGAAGGUAUCGUAACAUACUGGAUAUGAAUGCCGGAUUGGGAGGUUUCGCUGCAGAGCUUACAUCUCCCAAGACAUGGGUUAUGAAUGUCAUGCCCACAAUCGCCAAGAAAAAUACUUUGGGUGUUAUAUAUGAACGAGGAAUGAUCGGUAUCUACCACGAUUGGUGUGAAGGCUUCUCCACGUACCCGAGGACUUAUGAUCUCAUUCAUGCUAGCGGUGUCUUCAGUUUAUACAAGGAUAAGUGUGAUUUUGAAGACAUUCUUUUAGAGAUGGACCGAAUUCUACGCCCAGAAGGCGCGGUUAUUUUCAGGGACGAAGUGGACGUGCUGAUAAAGGUGAGGAAGAUAAUCGGAGGCAUGCGAUGGGACUUCAAACUGAUGGACCACGAAGACGGGCCCCUCAUUCCCGAGAAAAUCCUGGUUGCAGUGAAGCAGUACUGGACUGUGGGCGAUAACAACUCCACUUCCACGCGAUGAUGAUCUGAGAAUGCUGGCAUGGAAGACGAGGAACGGCUCGCUCAAUGGUAUGGAUUAUACAAUUAAGCACUUUGAUUACCUGUGCACCAUUCAUUUUACCACAGGAAAUUUUGGUCCUCAACAGGUUCACAUAUUGAGUAGUAGGUUGUAUGGUGUAAUUUAUUUCCUUAUUGCAGAGGGAUAAAUUUAGUAGUGUAACAUUAUGUUCUUUUUGUGGUUUUACCCUUUCUGGGAAACCAGCUUUUGCUUUCAUGUCAAAAGACACAACCUCAUGAUAAAAUUAGUGUACUGUUCAUUUUUCUCAAAAUUUUUGUGGGUCAUAUAUUCAUACUUCUUAACA